CUCGUACUGAUAUACUUUUUGUAACUUCUUCUUUUUUUUUCACUUAUUCUUUCUUUAUACUCUUUCCUUUCUAAUGAGCGAGAUCCCACGCUAUUUAUGUGUCAAAGCACAACAUGUCAUUCUUUCAGCUGACCAUGAGGGACAGGCAACAAUUCUUAUAGAUAGGCUCACAGGCAAAAUAAUUGAAGUAACAACGGGUGAUAUCAAGAGCAAAGUUGAACAAAACGAUGUAGAGACUAUAGAGUUGGAAGAAGGUCAAGUACUUAUGCCAGGUUUAGUCGAUGCUCACGUCCACUUGAACGAACCAGGAAGGACAGAGUGGGAAGGCUUCGAGACAGGUACUAAGGCUGCAGCUGCUGGAGGCAUCACAACUGUUGUCGAUAUGCCUCUGAAUGCUAUUCCACCCACAACUACGGUCAAGAACUUUGAUAUUAAACUGAAUGCUGCAAAGGAACAAUGUCAUGUAGAUAUCGGUUUUUGGGGCGGCGUUAUUCCAGAUAAUGCAGACGAAUUACCCGAGCUGAUCAAAAGAGGUGUGAGAGGAUUCAAGUGCUUCUUGAUCGAAAGUGGUGUUGACGAAUUCCCUUGUGUGAAUGAGGAACAAGUAAGAGCUGCUAUGGAUAAAUUGGUCAACACAGAUAGUGUCUUGCUCUUCCAUGCCGAAAUGGAAGGCUGUUGCCAUGGACAUGAAUCCAGUCCAAUCGAUCGUACGUACGAGAGUUACCUUCGUUCUCGUCCCGAGUCGCUAGAGACACAUGCAAUUGACAUGAUUAUUCGUCUCACCAAAGAAUAUUACGAAAAGGGUCAACCGGUCAAUACACACAUUGUGCAUCUUUCUGCAGCUUCGGCGCUUCCCGCCAUUCGAUCUGCAAAGGCAGCUGGUCUUCCUCUUACGGUAGAAACAUGCUACCAUUAUCUUAAUUUUACGGCUGAAUCUAUUCCGGAUGGCGCCACACACUACAAGUGCAGUCCACCUAUUCGUGAAGCAUCAAACCGUCAGUUGCUUUGGGAUGCUUUAUUAGAUGGUACUAUUGACUACGUCGUAAGUGAUCAUUCGCCAUGUACGGCAGAUCUGAAGAACCCAGAGACUGGCGACUUUGGAACAGCUUGGGGCGGUAUUGCUAGUGUGCAGUUUGGAUUACCUGUUCUCUGGUCACAGGGCCGUGAUCGCGGAGUCACACUACAAAAGAUUGUCAAGUGGCUUAGUUCAUCACCUGCAAGAAGAAUAAGAAUGGAUAGCAGAAAGGGUAAGAUACAAGCAGGCUAUGAUGGUGAUCUUGUCAUCUGGCAACCAGAGGCGAGCUAUAAAGUGGAAGAAAGCAAGGUUUACUUUAAGAAUAAGCUGUCUCCCUAUGUUGGAAAGGAGCUCUAUGGUCUUGUAGAUAAAACGAUCUUGAGAGGAACUGUUGUCUAUGAUCGUCAGAGCUCAGAUCCAUUUGCUUCCCCAGCUGGUAGUUUCCUCUUGUAAGACAGUCAUUUAUACAAAAUUACUAUCAUGAUUUAGCAACCUUGUCUUUGUUUUGUCUUUACAAUAAAAAUGUUGAAAUAAUACAAAAACUUUAUCACAUAUUCCUUUUGAUUGGCAACGAAGGAUCAAUAAAUAAGC